AUGGCCUCUCGCGCUAUCCCCUCGCACCUGAAGCCCUCCGCCGCUGCAGGCAAUGGCGACUCAGAGGGUGGCCAGCGUCACCACGGCAAGACUGCCUCUCACUUCGCUUUUGAGAACACCUCAACCAACGUCGCCGCCUCGCAGAUGCGAAAUGCUCUCAACAAGCUCACCGACUCGGUGACGAACCCAGAGGAAAAGAAGCGUUUCGAGACCGAGAUGGACAAUUUUUUCGCGCUCUUCCGACGAUAUCUCAACGACAAAGCCAAGGGCACUACCAUUGACUGGAACCGCAUUGCUCCUCCGAAGGCUGAGCAGGUUGUCAACUACGACGACUUGGCCAACUCCGAGGCGGUCGAAUACUUGAACAAAUUGGCUGUAGUCAAACUCAACGGUGGCCUCGGUACCUCUAUGGGUUGCGUUGGCCCCAAGUCAGUCAUUGAGGUCCGCGACGGCAUGUCCUUCCUCGACCUGUCGGUGCGCCAGAUCGAGUAUCUCAACCGGCAAUACGACGUAAAUGUGCCAUUCGUGCUCAUGAACUCGUUCAACACCGAUCAGGACACCGCCAACAUCAUCAAGAAGUACGAAGGCCAUAACAUUGAUAUCCUCACCUUCAACCAGUCCAAGUACCCGCGUGUGCUCAAGGAUUCGCUUCUACCUGCGCCCAAGUCCGCCGACUCCGACAUCGCCAACUGGUACCCGCCAGGCCACGGUGACGUGUUCGAGUCGCUCUACAACUCCGGUAUCCUUGACAAGCUCAUCGACCGUGGUAUUGAGUACAUCUUCCUUUCCAACGCUGACAAUUUGGGCGCUGUCGUCGAUCUCCGCAUCCUUCAGCACAUGGUAGACUCCAAGGCAGAGUACAUCAUGGAGUUGACCGACAAGACCAAGGCCGAUGUCAAGGGUGGUACCAUCAUCGACUACGAGGGCUCCGUCCGUCUUCUCGAAAUCGCACAGGUGCCCAAGGAGCACGUCAACGAGUUCAAGUCGAUCAAGAAGUUCAAAUACUUCAACACCAACAACAUCUGGAUGAACCUCAAGGCGAUCAAGCGCGUUGUGGAGAACAACGAGCUCGCCAUGGAGAUUAUUCCCAACGGCAAGUCCAUCCCUGCAGAUAAGAAGGGCGAGGCCGAUGUUUCGGUUCUUCAGCUCGAGACGGCGGUCGGUGCCGCCAUCCGUCACUUCAAGAACGCACAUGGUGUCAACGUGCCCAGGAGACGUUUCUUGCCCGUCAAGACUUGCUCCGACCUCAUGCUCGUCAAGUCCGACCUCUACGCACUCUCGCACGGCCAGCUGGUUAUCGACCCCAACCGAUUCGGCCCUGCCCCUCUCAUCAAGCUUGGCGGCGACUUCAAGAAGGUUUCGAGCUUCCAGUCCCGUAUUCCGUCGAUUCCUAAGAUUGUGGAGCUGGACCACCUGACCAUCACGGGCCCGGUCAACCUUGGCCGUGGGGUAACGUUGAAGGGUACGGUCAUCAUUGUUGCGACGGAGGGCCAGACGAUUGAUAUCCCGCCGGGUUCCAUCCUUGAGAACGUUGUUGUUCAGGGAUCGCUCAGGCUUCUUGAGCACUAG